AUGGGCGUGUUUUAUCUUUGGUUCGGUGAUGCCCUCCUCUCCAAAGAAGAAUCAACAGAAGACAUGCUUGCACAGCUUCCCCAAGCACAGCCUGAUAGUGCAGGUGUUAGUGGCUCCCAAAGCAGUAGCGCAAGCAGCGGGAGCACAGAGCAGAAGGAGGGUGUAGAUACACCCGAUGACGAACUGGCUUUCCAAAUGUUCGAACUUGCGAAGAAGUGCCUCGCCAACAAGCUCAACUACACGAGUCCUACUGAAGCAGCUGAUGGAUCAAAGGCAGCGGCAGUGCAGGAAGCGACGCGCGUAUUGGACAGAAAAGAAGUUGUCGAAGCCGCAACAGAUCUUUCGUUUGCGUGUUUGCGCCUCGGAGACUUGCAGUUGAUGAACAGCAGGUUUCAGGAUGCAACGCAAGUAGGCUGGGCAGAUUACGGGGAAGCAGUUGCAGUGCGUCGAGCAUUCAACUUGGGAGAGGCCGGCUUACUAGCUCCAAGUAUUUCGCUUGCGCAGUCUGUCUUCUUCUCUGGAGAUACCACUAAGGCACUGACCCUUUUCAAAGUAAGACAUUUCCUUGAACCCUCACUCAUGGAGCCUUGA